UCCUCCUUCUCGACAGUCCUAUAUCUCAUCAGAAACCUUUUCUUUUCGUUGCAGUACAGAAAAGCCAUACUUGAAGAAACCUGUAAAUUAUCUAACCUACAUUCCAAGUAAAAUUCCUUUCCACGUUUAGAUCGCAAGAUUUUCAAGUAAAUUACGUGAAACUGACAUUUCAAUGUUUAUAUAAAUUUUUGAUGUGACAGCUCGUGGUUAGCUGAGGUCGACAUUUGUUCGAUAGUAUCGAGUUUCUUUGGCAGCUCGAAAGUAAAAUGGCACUCGAUCGUAGAUUAGAAUGUUAUUAGUCAUUCGUUGUGUCGUGUUUGUAAGUAAAUAUCAGCUGAAUGUAUAAAGCGAAACGAAGAGAGAUUCCAUGACGGCGUCUAUCUGACGGAUAUUUUAUAAAUAAAUCCAGCUGAUAAAAAUCUUACGAAAAAUGGGCCUUUUCCCGAAUUCAUCGCCUUUCGAUGCUGACGUCGAGAAAGCAACGAAUGAAAAUAAUACAUCAGAAGAUUGGGAGAAGAUAUUGGAAAUCUGUGAUCGAAUUGGUAAUUCUUCUCAGAAUGCCAAAGACUGCUUACGUUCUAUUGUUAAAAGAUUAAAUUCUCAAGAUCCACAUAUUGUUAUACAAGCCAUAACAUUAUUGGAUGCAUGCUCAAGCAAUUGUGGAAAAACUUUCCAUUUGGAAAUAGCAUCUAGGGACUUUGAAAAUGAUUUGAAAAAAAUGAUUAAUCAUUCUCAACCUAAGAUUGUGGAAAAAAUAAAAAUACUUUUGAAAAAAUGGGCUGAAGGUGAUUUUAAAACAGAUCCUCAACUUAAUUUGAUUCCAAGUUUAUACAAUAAACUUCGAAAUGAAGGACUUGAUUUUUCGAGUGUAUCAGAGACACCAAAACGUUCCAGCAUUUUAAGUAAAGAUCCAAAUGUAGUAACAAAUUCUCAAGAGGAAGAAGAUCUAGCAAAAGCUAUUGAGCUCUCACUGAAAGAAAGUAAACCUCAAGCGAGUUCCUCUCAUGGUUCACCAGCAUCUAAAAAAAGUACUAGUUUAUAUCCAAGUGUAAAUUCUAUGCUUACUACCUCGAAUACAUCAGAAGGCCGCAAGGUUCGAGCUCUUUAUGAUUUUGAGGCAGCUGAAGAUAAUGAAUUAACAUUCUUAACUGGUGAAAUAAUAAAUAUUUUGGAUGAUUCUGAUCAGAAUUGGUGGAAAGGUAGUAAUCACAGAGGAGAAGGUCUUUUUCCUUCUAAUUUUGUUACUGCAGAUUUAUCGGUAGAACCUGAACAGUUUACAAAGUUAGAACAUAGUAAUAAAAAAUUAGUUCAGUUUGCUGAAGAAGUAGAGGUAAAAACACUAAAGAGAGAAUUAGAAGUGAUAGAAGUGGAAAUAGAUGAAAAAAAGAUGGAUAGACUUUUACAUUUGUUACAUGAAGCUGAUCCACAGUGUGAUAGUUCAUCUGACCCUCAAGAAAUGCUUGAUUUAGAAGAACAAGUAACUGCAAUGGGUCCAUUGAUUGAUGCAGCUCUAGAAAAAGUCGAUAAACGACACGCUCAACUUACUCAAUUGAGUUCUGAUUUGGUUGAAGCUUUGAAUAUGUAUCAUACAUUAAUGCGGGAGCCUCCUCCUCCAGCACAAUCUAAUUACACAAUGCCUAAAAUGCCACAUAUCUCUUAUCCAUUUCCUAAUCAGGGACCACCACCACCAUCUCCUCAUAUGUUUAAUGGAAUGCCAACACCACAUCCGGUACCUUUCUCAAAUACAGGUGGACCUCCAGCUCCACAUGAAUAUAUGGGACCUUCUAGUAUACCAAACAUGGCAUUACCACCUCAUUUUCGUAUACAAGCUGGUCCUCAGCCUCCAACAGGACAUCCACAAGGUCCACCAGUGCCUGAACAAACACAUCCCUAUCAACAACAGGGAGCUUGAAAAAGGUAUUUUUGAAACAUACGUUAUCGACUGCAAAGUGAAAUCAUCAACCUGCUUAUUUCCAACUAAAAGAAUAAAUCAAUGGUGUGCAAUCUUAUGUAGCAGAUUUCCGCCUCAAACUGGUCCUGUGCCAGCUCAAUAUGGUCCACCGGGAUCGACAGGACCUUCGAUUAACCAUCAACCACAAUAUGCUCCAUCGAGUGGGCAACGUAUGAUAUAAGUAAAAAUUACGCGUUAAAAAUUCACAUUCUAUUCUAACUCAUGCUGUACAAUAUUACGAUAUUAUAAUUAUUUAAAUAAAAAUACCCGAAAUAGCCAAAGAAAAUUGGUUUUUAAUGAACGCUUUACGUUUGACUUUAUAUUGAAUUUGGUAUUAUGUAAGCUUGUAUUUGUAGAUAUACGCGACAGUGCAUAUAUAAAAACGCGUAAAAACAACUAAUUUAUUUAGUCUCUUUGAGCAUUUUCAUAUUAGUUUGUAAUUUUGGCUUUUUGAUAUUCUUAUGUAUUGUGUUUGAAUAACCUAAUUCUUUAAAGCAUUCCACGUUUUAAAUUUCAUUAUUUUCUAUCAUUUAAAUAAACUUUAAUAUUAUGAUUCGACACUGUGAUAUUUGAAAGAACAUUUAUUAGUUACUAAAGUGUUUUCGAAAUAAAUGCUUGGAAUUUUUAUCAUAAAAGAGAAUGAUGUGAAAUUAAUAAGUCUUAAAAACUGUGUUUCAGAAAAUCUUUAGUACAGAUGUUGAAUUAAUCGUAAUGUUAUCGUAAUGUCUUGUAUACAUGUUUUUACAACAGAAGUAACAUUAUAUAAAAAAAUGACAGUGUAUCGAUGAAAUGCUGUUACUAAAUGUAUCUUGGGUUUUUAUUCUUUUUCAUGUAUUCUUUGUACAUUGUAAUAAUACUUUAAGAGAUAACAUAUUGCAUCUUAAAAGCAUUGAAAAUAAAUUAUAAAUGCAAUGUUAUUUACGCAUUAUUGGAAAGAAAAUUUUCAUGAUCUGGUCUAGUCUCUUUACUGUACAUAUAAUAAGAUUAAUUCCUAUUAAUGGUUAAAUGAGUUGUGUCAUAAACAAAUUUUUAUGGAAUGUUGAUGCAUUGUAUUCGCAUAAUACUAUUUUUACCGUCACAAUUAAAAGCCUUAUAUCUUCGUCAGAAAGAAAGAAAGAAAGAAAAAAAAAAGAAAAAAGAAAAAAAAAAAGAAAAUAAAGUAAAAUACCACUCUUAAGAUAACCUUUUGUAGCUACGAAUAUAGAUUAUGUAAUUAAAGAUACAAGUAAACUUGUUGACAUUUUUGGCCAUUUGACAAAA